GGAUGGAGCAGCCAUUGGGGAAGUGUGCGGGGCUUUAACGUAACCGAGGAGGACUCUCUCUCUGUGGAAUUAAAAAAAGAGACUAAAGAGGCGAACGAAGACAUAAAUAUCCCAGAUCCACAGGGUGCCACUCGGCGAUACGCGCUUAACCUCGGAAAAACUGAACUCGGACUGGAAACCUUUGGGAUACAGUAUCCGAGACGUUUGACUUGAACUGUGGAAGUUGGGAGAAUACUCAGCUGAGCCUGCGCUACAACUAUUAGCCAUAAGCUAAGCGGCGCUGUUAGCCCCAAAGCUAACUCCAACUGAACUGUGAACUUGCUUACAAAUCACGGGGGUUGAAAUUCAGUCACAGGCUCAGGCUCCGUGAGAAAACCAGGGACCUGCUUAAUGAAUUAUGUCUACCACAAGCAUUGACCCUCAGAGAUCAAAGGGACAAGCGUCUAAAGUGCAAAAUGGUUCACUGCAUCAGAAGGAGACUAUCCAUGACAAUGACUUUGAGACAUACCUUCCUGGUCAAUCUACUCAGAACAACAGCUACCAGUCUAUCACCGAUCCCUACAUGUCUAGCUACUAUGCUCCCUCCAUUGGAUUUCCUUACCCACUGAGUGAGGCUCCCUGGUCUACAGGCGGGGAUCCCCCGAUUCCUUACCUCACGCCCUAUGGACCUCUGAGCAAUGGAGACCAUCACUUUAUGCCGGACACCGUGUUUGGCCAGCCAGGAGGCCUGGGAAGCAGCAUCUACCCCCACAGGUUUAACUUUUUUCCUGAAAACCCUGCCUUCUCUGCUUGGGGCACAAGUGGCUCCCAGGGCCAGCAGACUCAAAGUUCAGCUUAUGGUGGCAGCUAUAGCUAUCCUCCCAGCUCCCUGGGGGGCACUCUGGUGCCUGAUGGUCAGACAGGGUUUCACAGUGACACCCUGAACAAAGCUCCUGGUAUGAACAGCCUAGAACAAGGGAUGGUUGGGUUGAAGAUUGGUGGGGAUGUCACUGGUCAGGGGUCAGGAGUCAAGGCGGUGGGAUCUGUGAUCGGUGGACCUGCAGUGGCAGCCACAGGGAAUGGAGCCACACCUAUAGGAAUGCCUCCACCUAAACCCACCUCCUGGGCCGCCAUUGCCAGCAAGCCUGCCAAACCGCAGCAGUUAAAAUCUAAGGUGAAGCCAGGGAUGCCCAAUCCAGGGGGUGCUCUUCCCCCACCACCCAUUAAACACAACAUGAAUAUUGGGACCUGGGACAAGGGCCCAGUCACCAAAGUAGCCACAACCCCACUGCAACAGCAGCCUCUUGGGCUGCCUCAUCCCAUGCCAUCUCAAGGCCCCAUGCAGCAAGGACCCAUGCAGCCCCCUCCUCCCCAGUCAUUAGUGCAGCCCCAGAUGCAGCCUAUGGCCUUACAGCCUCAGCCACCACACCACCAGCACCACCAGCACCAUCAGCACCAUCAGCCACCACCUCAGCCCUACCAAAACCACACCCAGCCACCUCAACCCCAGACCCGCUGGAUCGCGCCACGCAACCGUAACCAAGGUUAUGGGCAGGGUGGCCUUGGCCAUGAUGGGAGCGGCAUGAUGGGAAUUGUUGGUGGUGGGAACAAUGGCCCCCAAUCAUCUGCUAGUCAGGGACCCGGUGGAGAAUCCCACCCAGUGCUGGAAAAGCUGCGUGCCUCCCAUAGCUACAACCCCAAGGACUUUGACUGGAACCUGAAGAACGGCCGUGUUUUCAUUAUUAAGAGCUACUCCGAGGAUGAUAUUCAUCGCUCCAUCAAGUAUUCCAUCUGGUGCAGCACGGAGCAUGGCAACAAGCGGCUGGACUCAGCCUUCCGUGCAAUGAAUGCUAAGGGUCCUGUGUACCUGCUGUUCAGUGUCAACGGCAGUGGUCAUUUCUGUGGCGUGGCAGAAAUGCGCUCGCCAGUGGACUACGGGACCAGUGCUGGUGUUUGGGCGCAGGACAAGUGGAAAGGCAAGUUCGAUGUGGACUGGUUGUUUGUUAAGGACGUGCCUAACAGCCAGCUGCGCCACAUCCGCCUGGAGAACAACGAUAACAAGCCAGUGACCAACUCCCGCGAUACCCAGGAGGUUCCUCUGGAGAAGGCCAAGCAGGUGCUCAAGAUCAUCGCCACCUACAAACACACCACCUCCAUUUUUGAUGAUUUUUCUCAUUAUGAGAAGAGGCAGGAAGAGGAAGAGGAGGUGCGCAAGACCUUUGAACCUGCUCAGAUACAGAACCGCUCUCGGUUGGAUCAGGAGCGCCAAAACAGGAAUAAACAAUAGAGGACAUUUAUCCUUGGCUUGAUCAUUUACAAUAGGACUCAAUUUAAAGACAGAAGAAAAUGAAAAUGCAACCAAGCCCCUCAUUUCUGUUUUCUAUUUAAUCCUGGUGAACAUUUUUUUUUCUUUAUUUCAAUUUUUUUUUUUUUUUGCCCCACCUACCACCAGUUCUUGUGCAACAAUAAUAAGCUGAUUAAAUGUUACCCAGCAAACCACCACACGCUGAUUUUUUUUUUUUUUUUUAAACAUAUUUUUAUUCUUGUUCCAUCACGUUCUUUACUCUCACCGGAUGGGUUUUUCGCUCUUUCUCCCGUCCCCUCCUCUCUCCAAUUGAAUCAGGGUUUGACUGCCACUUUAUAUUUCAGUACAAUCAGGAACAGACGUGUCAUGCCCCUCCGUGUCCAUUUGGGGGCAACAUUGCCAUGCUUUAUAGGUUUAUCUGUGCCAACAGGGUUGAAGGAUCCUAAAGGCAAUGUUGGACUUGGAACUGGGAUAAUAAAACUUCAGUGGUUUAACUAUUUUUCAUUCAGAUCUACAAAAUUUCUAUUUUUUGGCUUACUACUGACAAUUUUCAUUUCAGAAACUUUUUUCUGGAGCCUUAUUUUUGUUUUUAAUUAUCAGUGACUUCUCAAAAGAACUGCUCAAACAGUGACACUGCUGGAGAAAUCAGGGAAAGUGUGAAGUCACACAGGACUUAAGACAUUUUAGAAGAGGAAGGGCUUUUGGGGAAGAAACAACAAAUAUGUCCUUCAGAACCAGAACUCUCACCAUUUAAAUCAAAAAUUGUACUAAUGACACUUUCACAGCCCUCUUUUCUUUGUUAAAUUUCUGUUGAUGUUUGUCCUCAAAGGGUCCUCUGUGUGUGUCAACAACAGAUUCUGCUUGUCUACACAACCUGGUCAACCUGAGCAAUUUGUCGAAUCCACCACUUGAAUUGCUUUGUUAGAAUUACACCGCGUUGUAACUACUAAGUUAAAUGAAUUGUUGCUCUUGUGUUUUUGUUCCGGAAAACGGGGGGGGGGGGGGGUUCAAAUAUUUGUCUAUUCACCAUCAUUCUGUCUUAAUCCUUUGUUUGUUUAGUUUUUCUUUUUCCCUGAAUUUGGUUUUUGCUAACUCUUUCAUGUUGGUCGUAAUGCUAAGCUUUAACGUAGGAGUCUAUAUAUUCACGGAGAAAGCCUAAAAUGUAUAACCUAAAAAUUAAUGUAACUGAUUUACUAUCAACUAAGAAAAAAAAAUAAGAAUGAAAUGUGGUUUCUGUGUGUUUUUUGGUUGUUUCAAAUAUACUUUGUUUUAGCCUGGAUCUACGGAUCCUGAUACAGUUGUGUUUAAAAAAACAAACAAAACAAAAAAAAACGAAAACCUUGGGAAACUAAAAAAUAUUAAGAAAUAUCUGUGCCAAUGCAUGGCAGGCUGAAAUACAGUGGGUCUACUGAAGAUUUCUGAAGCGAAGGUCCUCCACGUGGCUUGCAUCUAAAGGUGACAGUGCUGUUUACCAGAUAGGGGAAAAAGGCAAUGGACUCCUGUUUUGUUGCCCCUUCUUUAGCACAUUCAAAGCAAGAACACAGCAUUUAAGAAAAACAGGUUCUUAUCCCUUUGAUCAUGUUGUGAUUUAUCUAGGCAUGUUUGGGCCUGCAAGGCUACUGUAAUGCAGAGAGAAGCCCCUGCUCACAGAUGUGCUGCUUCUUUCAUUUUACAUAAAUCUCAUUUGUGUAAUUUCUUAAUCUGAUGUAGCCUCAAAUGAACUAAACCCUGCUUUUCAGGUUCUAUUGAAAAUGUUAUUUUUUAUUAUGAUUCAAGAUGAAAUGGAUAAUGUUGUCACCUGUGUGGAUAACUGUGGCCAGAAGUAAAUGUUUGUGUUUUCAGGUUAUAGAUGAUGUAUAUUCUUUGAUCUGUUUUGAUUUUUGUCUUCAUUCUAUUAUAACAGUGACAUGGCUCAGGUAAUGCACUUUACAGAAGUCGCUCUUCUUACAGUAUGAACUUUAAGCUUCAGAGAGGAAGUCAAUUUGUGAUGCUGCAUUGUGGUCUUACCUGGCCAGUGUAAUCACCUUUCAUAGCCUCCAAUCUUCAUUAUCUUUGUACUUGCACUAACCGAUGGAUCGGUUGAUCAAAGCAAUAUAGGGGACAUGUGCACCCUCACCAGCACCACCCCUACAUGCAGAGUUGGGCAGAGUUAAGUCGCUAAAGGAUAUCACCAAGCACUGUUUUAUUGCCUUGGAUGGUGGUAGCUGGUUGGGAUUAAAGUACAGGGCUUUCAUGUACAUUAAGGAUAACUGUAAGGGGGGAUGUCGGGGCAGCCACAGAAGUCAGCACUGCAGAAGGGUCCAUUAUAUGAAAUACUAAACCUCUGAUUAUCUAAAAGGCCACAGCUGUAGUGGACACAACUUGUUCAAAAGGAUCUGUCUUGGUUUUUCUUUAUAGAAGAAAUCAAGCCUUAAUAAACUGUUAGUUCAGAAAUCACUUUGUCUUGAUUUCGUGAGUCCUCUGUGAGUUCCUCAGUAAAUCCUUAGAGUGACCUUAUCCAGAUAAGACUAGCUCCUCUGGCCGGCUUUGGUGCUGAAAUGUCACGGAAAGGUUUUCUAGCUGGAAAUAAUUUCUGUAUGUUGCCUGUCUAUUAAUCCCCCUUUGCAUUGCUCUGUAUUCAGUAAAGACUUUUGCUAUUAAGGUAUAUUAUUUACUGUUUAAAGAGGUGUCAAGAGUUUAAAAUGCAGUAAAAGGAGGAAUUACCAUCAACCAUCAACAGUUUAUUUAAAAUAAGGUGAAGAGGACAUUAAGCCAAUGCAUUGUUUUGGCCCAAGGCCCUUAGGAUUUUGUUUUAGGUUCUAAAAUGUAGAAAAGUGUUUAAUAAUAACUUUUUUUCUUCACUUUGCUUAAUUGGUGCUCUCCAUGGUCCUGAUUUAGACAAAGAGUAGAUAGGAUCCUCCUGUCACAAAAUAAACUACAUAAAUCUGUACAGACUGAAAAUGUUUUGUGAUAUUUUACAUUUAGACCAGAUUUUCUGUCCUAGUUCAAGCAUUUUAGGGUUAAGGUGGGGAAAUUACAGCAAUUGAUCCAAGGUUGUGCGUCUCUUUGUGAAAAAAAAAAAAAAUCAAACUGGUUCAUGCAUGUUUAGUUAGGAACAAUAAUGACAAGUGGAAAAUGUGUUGCAUCUCAGUCUUUAUUUUUUGACAUGCUAUUACAAGUCAUAAAGGUAACGAAAAAAUGGAACUAUAAGUGCAGAAAUUUCAAUCUACUAAAUCUGAAUUUCGGUGUAGCAAAUUUCUUUCAACUACUGACCUAAAAAAAUCAAUGUCAUUAUUUGCUGUUUGAAAUUGGAUUCUAAUAUUUUGAAAUAUGUUUUUUUUAUAUAUUGAUACUGAAUUAACAGAGAAAACAGGUUGUGAAAUAUAAUGAAAGUGUUCACAAUGUGUCACCACGAAGAGUUGGGACUCUGUUGUCUUGAGAUUGUCUCAGAAACCUUUCUUAUGCAACGUUAUAUCCAAAGUUGUGUUGAUUCUCCUGUGUAGCUCUUGUGUCGAUAAUUCAAUAGAUUCCUAAGACCCUUAUUUGAUAUAUUUUCAUAGUUCAUUACCCUUAAGCCAUCAAUUUCGCCACGUUUAGCUGCCAUCUUGUGUUUUUAAUGAAUAAGGUAUGUAAAUAACCAGCUUCUAGCUGAAACAAUCACUGCAGUAUUGUUUUAAGGUAAUAUCUAACUUUGCCUUUUUGUUUGUUUACCUAUGUAGGUAAUGACCCUUGUCUAAAAAAAAAAAAACAAUUUAGCCGGGCCUAAAACUCAACAACAUAAAACAACUUGGACAACUGCUCAAACACAUUAGUUUGACUUUUUGUGUUGAGCAGAUUUACUCUGAAUGCUGUUGCUUGCUCAUUUUCCCCUUGUCCUUCAGUGGUCUACAAAUACUGAUGCACUGUAACAGGAACGCCUGUAGAUGGCAAUAAAUCCCUUUAUUGUGAUGCAUGUUGACUCCAUCCGAAAUAAACACUGCAGCCGUUGUCAGUUUGUAUCCUUCAUAUAGUCUCCUCCGGUUCUGCUGUGGGCCUGAGCUCUGAGCCACUUACUGAAGAUGUGAAGGAAUGAAACAGCCAGAAGAUGCGCUACACACAGCAGGGUGGGCUUAUGCAGAAGUAAACUGAAAACGGUCUCAAAAAGAUAUUUAGCAUAUAACUAUAUAUAACAUUAAAUAAUGUUCGCUGUUAAUACAUCUUUACAGUUUGAUUAUUGCCUAACAAGAACCAUGAUCCUUUUCUAUAUGUGGUCUGCAGUGAAAUAAGAGCCAUUUCCUAUAAAUGGGAUUAUUCUGCUGACACACAUUUUUGUUGGUUUUUUUUUUUUUUUUUUUUUUUUUUUUUUUGCAUAAAGUU